AUGGGUGAUAACCAAGCUACCGAUUUCAACGACCCGGCUGCCAAUGCCCCCGAUGCCGCUGCCUAUGCGAAGGGCAAGGGCAAGGCUGCGCAAGCCCACGAAGAUGUGAGCAUGGGCGAGGAUGAAGAAAAUGAAAGCUCGGAGGAUGAGGAGGAAGAAUCAGGCGAAGAAGACGACGAAGAGGAGGGUCAGGGUAACCUUGAACCCAUUUCAGCCGACAAUAUCAUCGACGGCGGCCGCCGCACUCGUGGCAAGCGCAUCGACUUUUCGGAGGCUGCCGAGAAAGCCAAGGCUGAAGGCGAGGACCCCAUGGAUGAUGAAGACGAAGACGACGAGGAUUUCCAAGGCGAAGAGGGUGGCGACGAUCAUAUGCAAGAAUAA